UUUAUUUUAUUUUAUUUUAUUUUACCAUUUACUUCGUACACUACAACUUAGCCUGGCACGUUUCUUACAGCACCGCCUCGCUUCGAGGUUGACUAACCUGUACCUAACCUACAUAAGUACCGCUCAACUUGUCAAAUGCACCUCCAUUUUUAAUUCCUAAGCUUAAUAGUUAUUAGUUAUUAAGGCUAAGGGGAUAGUUAGCGCUGACCACCUCCCUUCUUUAGAUAACCUCUCGCAGCUCUUGCCAAUCAAUUUCGUCAUAUUCCAUUUAUUACCGCUUCAUUCGCUUCAUUCGCUUCAUUCGCUUCAUUCGCUUCAUUCGCUAUAUUUACAUUACUCUCCGUCUUGACAAACAACGCAACCCCGAAACCAUCUCAGUUGAGAACCCACAACUGAAGCGCUCCCUUCACCGCUAAGACAGCAUCAACCGGGGCAACCUGCCAGGCCACCUGUCGACCCCAUUAAACAAAGAAACGCGGUCAUAAUCAUAUACCGUUGUCGACUCUAACUUAUUUUCCACGUGAGACUAUCGCAGCGACUAAAGUCCUACCCGUUCACGAAUCCUUAGAGAAAAAAAGAAUGUGCCAUUGAGGGACAACCAUCGCGGAUCACAUAUGCGCCCUGUCGCCCUAUAAGUCAAUAAUUACCACUAGCCAACCCACGUAUUCCCAAUCGCGUUGGCUCUCAGACCAACGCGAUCUUUAUACAUGAUGGGGGCAUGCAUGAGCUCCAAUAAGGAGGAAGAGGAGCAAAAGAAACGGAGUCAGGCUAUAGACCGCGCACUCGAUGAGGACUCGAAGAGACUAAGACGAGAAUGCAAGAUUCUUCUGCUGGGAUCCGGUGAGAGCGGAAAAUCGACAAUUGUCAAGCAGAUGAAGAUAAUACACUUAAAAGGCUACUCGGAAGAUGAACUAUUCAACUACCGUGCCACGGUCUUUAAAAACCUGAUCGAAUGCGCCAAAGCCGUUAUUAUCGCGAUGGACCAAUUCAAUAUCGAAGCGAGCAGCGAGGAAACCAAAGAGCACUGCGACUACUUACUAGGAUAUACAGUUGAAUCGGGCCCCUCAGCACAUAUCGAACCGAAGGUUGCGACGGCAGUACAAGCCUUAUGGCACGAUCCGUGCAUCGAGCGACUCAUGCAGCACGCCACAGAAUUCUAUUUGAUGGACUCAGCCGAGUAUUUCUUCGACGAAGUAUCGCGAAUUUGCGCCCAGGAUUACCUGCCGAAUGAAAUGGAUGUCCUCCGCGCGCGGACGAAGACGACCGGUAUCUACGAGACCCGAUUCCAGAUGGGAGCACUCAGUAUCCAUAUGUUCGAUGUUGGUGGACAGAGGAGUGAGCGUAAGAAGUGGAUACAUUGCUUCGAGAAUGUGACGUCCAUCAUAUUCUGCGUGGCGCUGAGCGAGUACGAUCAAGUGCUGCUUGAAGAAAGUAGCCAGAAUCGAAUGAUGGAAAGCCUGUUGCUAUUUGACUCGGUUGUCAACUCGAGAUGGUUCAUGAGAACGAGCAUAAUACUGUUCCUGAACAAGGUUGACAUAUUCAAGGUCAAGCUUCCCAGAUCGCCCCUGGGUAACUAUUUCCCCGAUUACUCAGGGGGCAACGAUGUGAACAAAGCUGCAAAGUACCUGCUAUGGAGAUUCAACCAGGUUAAUAGAGCUCACCUAAAUUUAUAUCCUCACUUAACCCAGGCAACAGACACAUCCAAUAUUCGGUUGGUAUUCGCGGCAGUGAAGGAAACGAUACUUAAUAAUGCGCUUAAGGACUCUGGCAUCUUGUGAUUUCGUCUUUUAAAUCGGUUAUGACUUACCGGGGCUUAGGUUAUACCCCUAAGAGUAAGAACCGCAAAAGCAUUGGGCAGGAGUUUUAGGCAGGGAACCGCACAUAUUUCUUUUGUUUUUGUGUUUUCUUGCAAGGCGUCAGGGGCCUCGACAAUCUCACUGGUUUUUAAUAUGUUUUCGGCAUAUGGGAAUGACGUGGAAUGGCAGGCAGAAAAAUACCGACCGCAAGAGUCCGGCGAGAGGUGGUUUUUGUUCAUUUCUACUUAGAAGAAGAGGAAGAAGCGGCCCGAUGCUUGACAGGCACCACCAUUACAUACAACAUCCGACAUAGGAUCGACGACGGGAUAGGGAGAUGCCGAAGGUAUUCGUAUAGACGAGUCUAGACUGCAUAGGCGCUGGGAACAAAGUUGGUAGCUCAUAGUCGGGCGACGUCCCAUGAGAUAGUUACUAGUAGAUACCCCCUUCCGUCAGGUAUUCAUGGAAUAAGUCAACAAAUAGCAUCUAAACGAUGCGAAGUGCAUUAAAGCCAAUAGAAAAAAAGUCAUGAAUGCAUUACGUUGUUUUAUGUAUGAUAGUCGUGUCAAAUGUUGAUUCGCAUCCUUUCACAUACCCCCUUCUAUUUCCUUUUUAUAACCAUGUAGUUUAACG